AUGGCGAGCGGCACGAUCGUGCUCACGAGCGGCGCCAAGGAACACCCCGGGAAGAUGACGCUCUUCGUCUUCCUCACUUGCCUCGUCGCCUCCUCCGGCGGCCUCAUUUUUGGCUACGACAUCGGGAUUUCAGGUGGAGUGACAUCCAUGGACUCGUUCCUCUCGAGAUUCUUCCCCUCGGUUUACCGGCAACAGAUGGCGGACUCGAGCACUAACCAGUACUGCAAGUUCGACAGCCAGCUGCUGACACUCUUCACGUCGUCCCUUUACGUGGCGGCGCUGAUAUCGUCCUUCCUUGCGUCGACGGUGACGAGGGUGUUCGGGAGGAAGUGGUCCAUGUUCGCUGGUGGGAUCACCUUCCUGCUCGGCUCCGCCAUCAAUGGCGCCGCCGUGAACGUCCUGAUGCUCAUCCUCGGCCGCGUCCUCCUCGGCAUCGGCAUCGGCUUCGCGAAUCAGUCUGUGCCGCUCUACCUCUCGGAGAUGGCGCCCGCGAAGCUUCGGGGCAUGCUCAACAUCGGCUUCCAGCUGAUGAUCACCAUCGGCAUCUUCGCCGCCAACCUCAUCAACUACGGGACGGCGUCGAUCGACGGUGGCUGGGGAUGGCGCGUCAGCCUCGGGCUCGCGGCGGUCCCGGCCGUCAUCAUCACCGUCGGCUCGCUGGUCCUGCCCGACACUCCCAACUCGCUCAUCGAGCGCGGCUACGACGAGGAGGCCAAGGCCAUGCUCCGCAAGAUCCGCCGCACCGAGGACAUCCAGGCGGAGUACGGCGACCUCGUCGCCGCUAGCACGGAGGCCAAGAGCAUCGACCACCCUUGGUCCAACAUACUGCAGCGCAGAUACCGGCCGCAGCUGUGCAUGGCCAUCCUCAUCCCCUCCUUCCAGCAGCUCACCGGCAUCAACGUCAUCAUGUUCUACGCUCCCGUGCUCUUCAAGACCAUCGGCUUCGGCAGCGAGGCCUCCCUCGCGUCCGCAGUCAUCUCCGGCAUCGUCAACGUGUUCGCCACCUUCGUCUCCAUCGCCACGGUCGACAAGCUCGGCCGCCGAAAGCUCUUCCUGCAAGGAGGCACCCAAAUGCUCGUGUCUCAGCUGCUGGUGGGAACUCUGAUCGCGCUAAAGUUCGGGACCAGCGGGGUGGCCACGGACAUGUCGACCAACUACGCCAGCAUCAUCGUGCUCUUCAUCUGCUUCUACGUCGCAGCCUUUGCGUGGUCAUGGGGGCCGCUGGGGUGGCUGGUGCCCAGCGAGAUCUUUCCCCUGGAGAUCCGGUCAGCAGGGCAGAGCAUCACCGUCUCCGUCAACAUGCUCUUCACCUUCAUCAUCGCGCAGGUGUUCCUCACAGCGCUCUGCCACCUAAAGUUUGGCCUCUUCUACUUCUUCGCCGGGUGGGUGGUGAUCAUGACAGUCUUCGUCGCCCUCUUCCUGCCCGAGACCAAGAACGUGCCCAUCGAGGAGAUCGUCCUCGUCUGGAAGAAACACUGGUUCUGGGGCAAGUUCAUCUCCGACGACGACAUCCACGUCGGAAACCUCGAGGUGGCCAAGCACACAAUCGAAGCUGCAUGA